AGACACAUAAAGAGCGAUUUCUACCAUUAUAUACCGUUCAUGGCUGGGAGAAUAUAAUUGGUAUCACUCAUGAAUCUCGUCCUCGCCUUUCUCGAUUGCGAACGAGCGGCUGAUCGCCGAUAGCUGAUAGCGAUAGUUAUUUGCCAGGGGAACCACCAGAUGAGUAGAUAAGUAAAAGCACUCCCGAACCAACGGGUAGAGCAGCGUGCCGUAUCUGCCGAGAAAAACGUUUCGUAUCGAUCUACGCUCUCGUCGAGCGUCAUCAGAGCUUGUGCGAAUGCUAUUGCAUCGUCAUCAACAUUAAAGUCUAAAAGUGACGGAGAGAAAAACCAACGAGACUGCGAGGUUUACGUAAUCGUGAUGCGUGGCUCGAUGUGUAUCUUGGCAUACACAUAUUUCAUAGAGUACCGUCGGAAACCCGUUUCUUUCCGUGUGUAUGUGCGCCCGUGCGUGCGAAAGAACCAUGUACACGAAAGAGAGCAACUUGUCGGGAAACAGCGCCGGAGCCGCACCGGAGCAGGAGAGCCACGUAUUUUGGAUCUUGAUGGACUGUUUCCUGUUCGUUGCGAUCGUAUUGGGAAACGUCCUCACGAUACUGGCCAUCGCGUGGGCUCGCAGGCUCCGAAACGUCGUCUCGAAUUACUUUAUCUUAAACCUAGCGGUGUCGGAUCUUAUGGUGGGCGUGACGCUUCCAUAUCACUUGGCGUUUUACGUGGACGGCACGUUACAUCGCAACAAGUCGGUAUGCAUCUCGCGCUUCGUCAUGUUCAGCCUGGCGUGCGGCGGGAGCAUAUACAAUCUCAUAGUGAUCGCCAUAGACCGAUACGUCGCGAUCGUGCAUCCGUUGAGCUAUAACGCGUACGCGACCAAGAGGCGCGUGAUGCUGAUCAUAGUUGUCGCUUGGAUAUGUACCAUGGGCAUGUCAUCGAUGCCGAUUUAUUGGAAUAGCUUCGACACCUCGAAGAUGUGCGAGUUGGAAACGGUAUUACCGAGAUACUACGUAGUGGCUAUACAGAUGCCGGCAUUUUUUCUCAGCUGGAUAGCCAUGUUUUUGCUGUAUUGGAAAAUCUGGCGAGAGGCGCAUAUGCACGCGCGUCGCAUGAAUCUCGGCAUCGUCCCGAACUUGGUUGAAAAGAACGAUCGCAAAAGCGUACAGGUGGUGCUGCUGAUACUGGGUUGCUUUUCGAUCUGCUGGUUCCCUUAUUUCGUCGUUGCUUGCAUGCGAACCUUUGGUUGGAGAAACUCGACGACGACAUGGUACAAAGCCACAUUCGCAUUGGCUAUCGCCAACAGCGGGAUGAAUCCUUUCAUAUACGCGUGGAAAAACACCAACUUUCGCAAGGCCUUUCAAAAGAUUUUACAUUUUAAGUCGCCCAAUGACAAUUUCAAUUCGAGCUUCAAAAUGUACUUGGAAAAACAGCGUGGACUACAAAGCCAGGUAGAUGUACAAGACAAUCACCGCACAAAUGGAAACGACAAUGCGCACGGACAUUCACCUAAUCCCCAAUCUGAACGCACAGAAGAGAGUAGAACGGAGAACACCAAUGUCUAAAUCCUAUUUCAUUGUGUUAGCUAAAAACCAUGUUGAGCUAAAAAGUAUUUAAUAAAGAGAAAAAUUGUAAAUUACUUUGUUCUACGUGUGUAUAUUAUAUAUCGCUCUAGAAACUCAAGAUGUUGAAAUGAAAAAAUUAUAAAAGUAUAGAAUUGCAAUGGCAAGAGA